CUGAGGAUGACGCAUGCUGGUGAUUCGUGCAUUUAACCACAGUUUCUUUAAGUCUGUAUAGGCGCGUGAAGGGCACUAUCAUUCAAGAACGAGCCAUUCUUCUGACAUACAUUAUUUUGUCAUUUACAACCGCUGUUGGUAUAGACAUGGAUGCUUCAGUAAAAUCCAGUGAAUCAGAAGACAGCAGUCCUACCUUCAAGCCUGUUGAGUCUUUAGUACAGGUCCUUGUCCAGUCUCUAGCUUUUAGUAGGAAUGCGGCCAUCAAAGGUCUGUAUUACACAGGAAACUACAAUGCUGAUUUGGCUGCAGCUUGGAUAAUGGACAACCAGGAAAAACCUGACCUUGAUAGUCCACUCCAGGAAGAUGCUGGUGACUCAGAUGAUAGUGAGGAAGACUAUUUUCCUGAGGGUGUCGAUUUCUACAAGAUGGUGUUUGUUGUAAACGCAGAGUUAAACAUGGGUGUCGGAAAGAUUGCGGCCCAAGCUGCUCAUGCUGCCCUCGGACUUCACAGAAUUCUGCUUGAAACACCACAGAAGUAUGGACAAAUGCUGAUGAGCUGGGAACAGUUUGGAGAAACAAAAAUUGUGGUGAAGGGAGACAACUCCACACAGCUGAUGGACUUGACGAGUAAAGCUGAAGGACUUGGGCUCCCCAAUUAUCUAGUCCAUGACGCGGGCAAAACACAGAUUGCAGCUGGAUCUGUUACAGUGCUGGGAAUUAUGGGAAAGAUCGAUGUUGUAGACAGCGUGACAGGCAGUCUCAAGUUGCUUUGAAAAUCAUCCUAGAAUUCUGGUAUGGGAGUAUUUAAAAUUGCGUGUGACCAUUGUUGGCCUUGCUUGCGCUGUGAUAAUCAAGUAUGUGUACAAGAUGCUCUGAUGCCAAAACAUCUGAAUCAUCAUCAUGUUUUAGAAAACCAUUCUACCAAAGCACCUUAAAAAAUUGCAGUUUUCAUAAUUUUAUGUAUAUUUGGCUAGUUGAUAGCCAAGUUUUUUUAACUCUUGAAGACGACACAAUUUAUUCUGUAUCAUAGGGACUUAAUCAUUUGGUCGGUGUGUGAAGAGUUCCGCAUUGGAGAACCAACUCCUUUUCAGUUCUGCUGCGUUACAAACCAAUAGCAUUUCAUUUGCUUUCUCCCCUGAUUGAGUCAGAGAUUAUGUGUAAGGCCCUAAAGCUUACUGUAGACAAAAAAUGUUAUCACCAGAAACUCAUUACUUAAUAGGUGUAGUCAUUGAUUAAGAUUUGAUUCAAUUUGGUCAGUGUGUUCAUUACCAUGUCUUACAUGUAUUGGAUGAGAACUUCAUCAAACUAAUAUAAAAAGAUAACAGAUUCCCAGGUUUAAUAUGAAUCUUUAAAAGUUAUGUAAGUUAUGAUAAACAUUCAGAAAGCGUUUUUUUCACACAGAGUUUUCCUCUAAGUCUUCUAGAUGGCAAAACCAUGUUUUGAAUUUUUCUUUUUUAGACUUAAUGUUUCUUGAAAAAUAAAAAAAAAAUUAUAAUACAAACAUACAUACCAAUUUUCAGUAAAUAGUUUAAAUUAGGAUGUUUCCAUGUUUAUGAAUAUAGGGCAGUUAAGGUACACCCUGGUAACUGAUAUCUCUAAAAUCCUAGGGAUUCUUUCUCAGUGUUGGUAUCAACUUUACACCUAGGAUUGUCUUCUGACUAAGCACUCCUGGGUUAAUUCAGUUUCAGGUAUUAAAACACUGACCAAUUAGAAAGAUGGUUCUUGUACUUAGUACUCAUGAGAUUAUCAGAGAGACACUCUUAGACCAAAAUGUGUAAACCUUGCAGUAACACUGCUAUAUUACUUUUUUUUUUUAAUCAAAGCAUCACAGGUACUGUAAAACCAGAUUUUUGUGGGGGAACUUUUUCGUUGAUUUCAGGGGUACUCUUUAAUAUGUAUCAAUAAGCUGUUCAAAAUUUAACAUGAAAUUAAAUUUUUAAAUGGAUAUCUUGAGUUUUCAUCCCUGAAAUCGAGCAUCAUUGUCUAUGACAUAAUUAUUUCUUAAUAAGCUUCACAAUUCCUACAAAAAUCCGUGAUUUUAAAGCGUGCUGCAUUUUGUAACAUUUUUUGUAGACAAAUUGGACUCAUAUUAUCAGGGAUAUCAUAGAAUAUAGAAUGUGGGAGAUCAGGGUGAACAUACCAUGUGGUCUGUAGGAGAUCAGGGUGAACAUACCGUGUGGUCUGUAAGAGAUCAGGGUGAACAUACCGUGUGGUCUGUAAGAGAUCAGGGUGAACAUACCGUGUGGUCUGUAGGAGAUCGAGGUGAACAUACCGUGUGGUCUGUAAGAGAUCAGGGUGAACAUACCGUGUGGUCUGUAAGAGAUCAGGGUGAACAUACCGUGUGGUCUGUAAGAGAUCAGGGUGAACAUACCAUGUGGUCUGUAGGAGAUCGAGGUGAACAUACCGUGUGGUCUGUAAGAGAUCAGGGUGAACAUACCGUGUGGUCUGUAGGAGAUCAGGGUGAACAUAUCGCGUGGUCUGUAGGAGAUCAGGGAGAGACAUUUGAUCACGAGAAGGUAAUCAAGAGCAAGACCUUUCGAUUCUUAAAAAAAAAACAGCAGCAUCUACACCAAACAUUGACAAAGGUAUAGUGUACCUACUUGUUACCAACCCUUCCUGGCCCAUGCUUCUUGUUCUUUUGUAGGAAAAAUCCUAGAAAAGUAAGGAAGAGUCACUGAAGAUGGCCAGUGUAUUUACGAUGAUCACUAUGUGGGGGACUUAUUUUUGUUUAAUUUGUGGGUACAAAUUUCAUUUGUGCGUGAAAUGAUAAACAGUUAAAAAUUGACAAAUUAUAGUAUCAGUGGACUUUGUGAGCAAGAUUUAACCAAUGUUUAUUUUUGAAAAACCACGAAACUUGAACCCCCACAAAAAUCUAUAAUUUUACAGUAUUACACAUCUUGUUGCAUUUAUUUCAGUCCCAAUUUGUAAAUAUCUGGGUCCUGUUUAAUCUGUUGUUGUAAGCAUUAUGUGAAGUGAAUACAAAAAUACAGUUGUGAUUUUUGUUAAAGACACUAAUUAUUGUAUGAUGUGUAUUUCACAGCAUUAUGUAUUGUAUAUGUAUCUUCAUUGAUAAAACCCAUCACGGGCAUUUGUAUCAUACUAGUACAGUUGUGCAUCUGUCUGUUUUGUUAUUUUACCACUGGUGGGGUCCAGUUUUUCAGGUCUUGAGCACAUAACCAGGAUCAACAAACAAAUCUAUUUCAAGUUUUUUGAAAUUAUUUGAAAAUUUACAAAUAUAUUUGUUUUUCAGUUGAUCAUUUUUUAAUGUGUUUAUCUAGAUCGGUAAUACAGUUCAUACUUCAACAUUUUCAAAACUGAAAUAUUAAUGGUUUUUUUUUUAGUUUUAAGAUAAUAGCUGCUCUUUGAAUUAGAUAAAAAACACAACAUUUCUCACAUUUUAACGUGACUUUACAGUUUUGCUUGCCCUUGGCAUUUCCAGUGUGUGCAGUUCAUAGUUAGCAGCGGAGGAAUUUCUGGUAUCAAUACAAUUCUACUGUAAUAGGUGCUAUAAAGAUGAAAUGAAAGAAAAAAAAAUGCCAUCAAAUAUCAGAUGUAAGAUUCUUUAAUUUCAAAUCCCCAAAUAUUCCAAGGUCAAAAAGAUGACUUUCUCGGAAUUUUCGGUGUUACAGAAUAGUUUGUCACCUUGGAGGUUCAUAUAGUAACGAUUCAGUUAUAAUCAUAUGAGAACCUUUUAAUACUGAAGAAUUGUUUUCAGAGGUCUACAUAGAAUAGUUUGAAGUCAUAUUUUGUAUAUAAAGAUACCUUAAUAAUCUUGAAUUAAUGAUGUUUUAUGGACUAAACACACAUUUACCAUAGACCAGAAGUAGGUAGGUCUAACAAAUUUACCAGAGGUUAAAACUGAUCACGAAACUGACUUCAGAAAUGGCUAACUUGAAUGGCGGCUACGGAAUCUUAAUGGUGUUGCCGGUCUAAAAAAAACAUGAUUUAUGGCUCAAAAAUUGGAAAUUAGAAUUUAAAAUCACAAUCAAAAGAGAGAAAGUCUGGAAAUGUAUGUAGAUUUUUUUUUCGUAUAUCAGGAUAUUUUUAAGGACUUAACCUACCAGCCAGACCCUGGUUCACCAUUUUUUUUUUUUUUUUGAGUCUGUAAAAGAUAUCUUUUGUGGAUUUUCACCCCCUGCAAAUGAAUUAUCACAGAAAUUAAAUUAUAGAGUCUAGUCUUGUACUGUUACUUAAGUUAUGUGUUCAAGGAUUAGGAAUGGAGUGUGGUUUCACGCAGACAUGCAUAGAACAUUAUUUGAUCUAUAAAAUGUUCAUCAUGUUGAAGAUUAUGUUCAAUAUCACCAUCUCAUCAAUUUUUUUUCAUUUUUCUGAAAUCAUAUGAAACAGUUAGAAAUGAGAUUUUAGAUACGAAAAAGAGUAUCAGGCAUACAUUUUAUUUCUUACUUGUCAUCGCAGGAGCAGAAGAUUGUAAUUAUUCCGAAGUAGAAUAUUUUCUGAAAGAAGCCAGAGGAUUUUUACAUAGAGUUCAUGGAUUAACUUCAUGAAUAUGAUGCUGGUAUUGGGGACUGAAAAAUAGCUUUACGAGGAAUAUUAUCUAUCCAUACCAUAUUAAUUUAUGUUAUCGGUGGUAUCUUCAUGCUAGUGUGAGAGUUGUAAUAUUGUCAUGGUAAUAUAAACUUAGAUAUCUUGAUAUUCUUUAUAUAAUUUUCUUUAUUACUAGUCAUUUGUGUUGACAUGACUAUAGUCCAGUCAAAAUGACUUCUGUUUUUUAGCUUUAUGUGGAAUCUUCAGAUUGGGCAAUAAUACUACUAGGUCAUUUUUGAUAUGAUAACUUUGUAUUUGUUUCAUCUUUAACAACUUGAUCCUUCUGUAAGAAGAAGGGGACCUUUCAUUUUCCUGUAAUCUGUUUGGUUGGACUUUAAGUAGAUGGUAGAUAUGUAAGUAACUGAGCAUGACAAUCACACUUCAUUCAGCGAGAGGCCAUUUAAUGUUACAAUUUACAUAUUCAUACUAGUCAGUUUUGUUUAGCUAUCUUAUCAUUGAGAUUCUUACUGUCCUGGUAAACACUGCAAUUUCAUAUCAUAUGUAAUACUUUACUUUUAAAAUUUUUCUUCUCUUGAGAACUUUCCCCUGUAAGGUAUUCUCUUCUGGAUCAGGUAAACAUCUCAGUGUAAAUUCUGUAUCUGUUUAAUGAAAGGUUUGUGAAAGGCACACAUCAUUUUUAACAAUCUAGAAACCAUUACCAGUAUCUAUAGAAGUGAUUCUAAACAGUUUCUGUUGAAUCAAAGAUUUGUGUAAAACACCAACAAUUUUUUAAUUACAAUCUUAGUUAUAUAUAUUUGGGACCAGUACUACAAGUAGAUCACAGCUAAUAAUACAAUUGACAGAACAGGAAAAUCAUAUCAUCAGUUUUCUUUCUCAUUUUUGUUUUUAAUUGAAGGCAUUUAUGUUCCUUGAUAUUAAUGGUUUUUGUUUUAAAAUCUGUUGCAUUUUACUGCAGUGUUGCUGAAUUCACCAUUACAUAACUGUAUGAUCAUUGUGGUCUAUAAUUUCAUUUGUUAGACGAUAAAUUGAAAAUAAAAUGAAAUAUUUAAGGCAAAAUGAAAUAAGUUUUUUUGAUUAAUUAAUCAACACCAUGGGUGCCGAAUCUGGAUCCACACCGAACACUGCGGAGAAUGAUGAGGAUACACAGAUAAGGGACUAUAUAAACAAUAGAACU